AAGAAGACUGUAGGAGGAAGUGGAGAGGACUCAGGGACAGGUAUCAGAGAGAGAGAAGGGCAGAGAAAGAGAAGAAGAGGUCUGGGUCAGCAGCUUCAGGCCAGCAGCCUUGGCGCUUCUGCCACAUUCUUUCUUUUCUGGAUCCAUUUAUUGUGCCUAUGGCAACGAGUGGCAAUUUUACAGCCAGACCCUCUACUACGUCAUCCACAAGUGUUGUCACCACCGGUGCAUCAAGACCCUCAACGUCAUCUACAAGUGCGACCAUCGCCUCCACCAGUGCAGCGAGACCCUCUACAACAUCUACAUCAUCCACAAGUAUGACCACCACCGGUGCACCCAUGGAAGACGAUGAAAUGAAGGAAGCACCUCUGGAUCUAGGACCACCUGAGAUUAUUAUGAACCUCACGGAAGUGACCACUGAGGACCUCGUUGAACAGGAUGUGGCCGUGGAGACAAACAGAGAGAGAAACGAAGAGGAACAACGUCACACCAGGCGUCAUGGGAGGUACCAGCCCCCAGAUCCACUCAACUCAUUUCAGCAGAGGCUCUUCCAUGCCGUCGAGAGGGAUGCAGCCCAACCUGAUGCUCACAGGAAGGAGGAUGAAGAGACCCUCUUUGCCAUGAGCCUGGUGCCAGCACUGAAGAGGCUGCCUCAGCAAAGAAAAGCAGCAGUCAAGGUUAAAAUGUAUCAGCUGCUUUUCCAAGCCGAGUUCAAUGAAAUGGAGUCAAUUUAGCCGAUCAGCUCACAGGAAGGACAGGAAGAGGAGAGGAGUUGUCUGGUUGUUGUUUGACCUCCCUCAUUGUACCUUUCUUUUCAGACACGUCAGUUCCAUUUAAAUUCAGUCAAUUCAUAAAGUCAUUUGUUUAUAAAGUCUUAGGAUAGCAUUCAUUAUUAGUGUUACAUACAUUUCUGAAUUGACAGAAUUGAAAC